CACCCGUAUGUAAAUGCUCGACUUUAAGCCAUGCCUAAAGACCGUUUCUUACUGUAUCGACGUGGAUCGUCAUUCACUUCUGUAUUACGGAGCAAAUAUUACAGCAUUAUUUUGUAAUACAGCUGCCGAAUAAAAGGUUUAUUUAUAACUUGCGAGUGUCAUUUUGCUCGCCUUAAUCGUUGUUUCUGGUGACACUGCAGCUUCGUUAUCUGUACAACGAUAAGAUAUACAUUCUGAUUAUAUUAUUCCUUGCGGCCUCUUCUUCUUUUUCUUUUUCUUCUUUGGAGAGUGUCUCGCGAGAUUCCUGCACGUUUCGCAGUUAUUUAUCAAAGUACAGCUGCAUCUGCAAGAUCUAUACAAUCGCUACACCUCAUAGGAACUAGUAAGCAAUAAUCGAUCGACUUUUUCUCCGGUAAUAAUGGCUUCCGCUCCAGAUGAGUUCCGAGUGGAGCAAGUGCAGUUCCUAUUCAGACACGGCGAUCGAGCCGCCUUGAAAUGGGAAGUCUACAAGACCGACCCGUACGACGACGUCUAUCGAGGCAUCGGCUACGGUCAGCUGACAAAAAUCGGCAUGCAACGAAUGUACAGACUCGGGCAGAUGUUGAGGAAACGAUACGCCGAUUUUCUCGGUGACGAUCCGGAAACGGGUGAAUUUUACGCGCGCAGCACCGAGAGCGAACGCACGAGAGUGUCGCUGCAGCUGGUUCUCGCCGGACUGAUACCGCCGAGGCAGAAGACCCGAUGGCACGACGAACUCGAUUGGGUCCCGAUGCCGGUGCACUACGUCCAUCACAGCACAGACAUCUUGAUGAGCGUCGUGCAAGAGGCCAACUAUCGCAAGUUGCUGCGGGAGGUCUUCGAGUCGACCGACUUUCGCAAGCAAUUCGACAAGUACAAAGACUUUUACGCGCGUUACACCGAGGCGACCCACAUGACCUGUCGAAGGCCCCUGUCGCCGAUCUUGAUCACGAGCAAUCUGAAGUGCGCCCAAGCGCUGGGUCUGCCUCGGCCCGAUUGGUGCAGCGACGAGGACUUUGCGACGCUCGAGGAAAUCAUGGGCAAGUAUUACGACUCGAUGGUCACGACGGACACGAUGAAGAAGCUGAGCACGGGCCCGUUCCUAGAGGAGGCGCUGAAGAACAUACAGCGGCCGCAAGACGGCAGAGUCAAGAUGUACCUCUACAGCGCCCACGAGUUCAACCUGGGUUGCUUUCUGAGGGCUCACAGGCCCACGAACGGCCCGAUGCUGCCCGAGUUCGGCAGCUGCAUCGCCAUCGAGAAGCUGAGAGGCAAAGACGAUCGAGUUUACAUAAGAAUACUCUACUGGGACGGUGGCAGUCCCGCCGAGCCCGAACAGAUGUACCCCCUGAAAUUCGGCGACUCCAAUCGAAUGGAGCAUCUACUGGAGGAUUAUUUAGAAAUGGUACGAGAUAUUCUACCGGACGAUGAAUCCAAGAAACUCAUGCCGAAAUAUUAUCAAAAGCAGCCGGCGAGCGAUACCGACAACUCGACCGAUUUCGCUAUACUGAUAGCAGGUCCAGAUCUGCUGGCGGUGAAAAACUACGACGGCUGAAACAUUUGUAUUGCACUCGUGGUAAAGGUCGAUUCGAUCGGCAAAAUAUAUAAAAUAAUGUAAAGUACAUUUGCGCACGUAUUUGAUGUAAAAUAACAAAUGAUGUAGAAAAUAAGAAGUCAAUAAACAAGA